ACAACACUUCAAAGUUCAAAAAACGCCUUUUUGUUUUUGUUUUUUUUUUUAUAUAGUUUCACACGAACUUUUCUCUUUGUAUAGUUUCUUCAGAUUCUUUUUUUUUUUUUGUUCCUUUUGUUAUUUGAUCUUCAAUGAUCAAUAAAUCCAAUGAAUACACUCGCCGGAUUUUGAGUUUUCCGGCGAUUCGUCCCAGCGAAACCGUCUCAUUCCUUAGCCUUAUAACUGCCUUGAUCCAUUUAGGCCAUUCCAUACGUGACUACAAGCCAAAAACGUUCUUCACAAACAGGAAAAACGCGAAGUUUUUGAUGCGUUUGGUGGAUGAUCUUCUAAUUUUUCUUGAAGAGAUCCGAAAUGGGGAUUCAAGGUUUGCGGGAUCAAUGGUGUUGAGCUUGUCUGAGCUGCAUUUUUUGUUCCAGAAAGUUCUGUUCUUGCUGGAGGAUUGCACCAGAGAAGAUGCGAGGAUAUGGAUGGCGGCUAAGUCGGAGCACGUGGCGACCCAGUUUCGGGUUGUGGGUAGGGCCAUGGCGGUGGCUCUGGAAGUUCUGCCGUUUGAUGGGGGCGAUGAAGUGAGGGAAGUGGUGGAGUUUGUGAGAAAGCAAGCUAUGGGGUUUAGGUUCGAAGUUGAAUUUGAAGAUAGGGGAAUUAUGGGUCAAAUUGUGAGGAUUCUUGAACAAUUUGAAAAUGGGGUUGUUCCGGAAUCAAGGGAUUUAAAAUGGGUUCUUGAAAAUUUGGGGAUAAGAAGCUGGGGUGAGUGUCAAAUUGGGGUGAGGUUCUUGGAAUCUGAGAUUUGUUUAGAGGGGCAGACUGAAGAGAUGCGAGAUUUGCCCCUUCUCUCUGACCUAAUGGGGUUCUUGAUUUACUGCCGGUGUACCGUUUUUGAAUUUGGGGAUGUUUCAACCGCCGCUGUUGGCGGCGGUAUCCGCCGGAAUGAUGACGUCAUCCGGAGCUUGAACCCGGAGGAUUUCAGGUGCCCAAUUACUCUAGAAUUGAUGACUGACCCGGUGGCUCUUGCCACGGGGCACACCUAUGAUAGGUCUUCAAUUCUGAAAUGGUUCAGGGCUGGGAAUCACACCUGUCCUAUAACAGGUGAGAGGCUAAUCAGCAUUGAUUUGGUUCCCAAUUUGGCUCUGAAGCAGAUUAUAAGGCAGUACUGCAAUGAGAAUGGGGUUCCAUUUCCUGAAUCGGGGCGAAACCGCGAUGUGGCGAGAUCAGUUGGUAAUAAGGGUAGUGUGGCUAUGAAACUGGUGGCUGGUUUUCUAGUUGGCAGGCUUGUGGCAGGGACAAGUGAGCAGCAGAAGAAGGCGAUUUACGAGAUUCGUUCGCUCACAAAGACCAGCACUUUUAACAGGUCUUGUUUGAGAGAGGCGGGUGUCGUCCCGCCUCUCUUGCUUCAGCUCGGCUCGUGGGAUUCGUCGGUUCAAGAGAACAGCAUGGCUGCUUUGCUAAACCUCUCGAAGAAUUCGAGAAGCAGGGAAACCAUUGCUGAAAAUGGGGGCCUGGUUUUGAUUCUUGAUGUGUUGAAAGAGGGGGUUAAGAUGGAAGCUAGGCAGCAUGCUGCUGGUGCAUUGUAUUAUCUCGCCUCGGUGGAAGAGUACCGGGGAAUGAUCGGGGAAAAUCCCGAGGCUAUUCCAUCGCUUGUGGAGCUCGUAAGGGCGGGGUGUGAUCAUGGGAAGAAGAAUGCCCUGGUCACAAUCUUCAGCCUCUUAAAAUGCCCUGAGAGCCACUGGAAAGUGGUUUCAGCUGGGCUAGUGCCCUUGCUGAUUGAUCUAUUGCCAUCUCUCAAAAGGGAAGACCUUAUAACAGAUUGCCUCGCGGUUCUAUCCUCUCUGUCCGAGAAGCUCGAGGGAGCAAUAGUCGUCCUCUAUGCCGGGGCUUUACCCAUCGUUAUUGAUCUCUUGAACUCCUGCAGCUCGAGAACAGCAAAGGAGUGCUGUGUUUCGUUGCUGCUGGCCUUGUGCAUCAACGGUGGAUCAGAUGCGGUUCUAGUUUUAGUGAAGAACCCAUCUCUCAUGCCGCCUUUGUAUUUGCUCCUCACCCAAGGCACUUCUCGGGCGAGCAAAAAGGCCAGUUCGCUCAUCAGAUUGCUCCAAGAUUUUAACAACAAGAGCAAUUUGUCAAUGUCUGGUGAUACUUCACAAAUCACAACCAUCCAUUAUGUACAUUAAUAUGCUAUUUAUUUGUGUAUAGUUCGACAAGUGUGUGACUUUAGCUCGAGUUUUUAAGAGCUAAUUAAGUCACUAUUCCGUACGCCAAAGCUUCUUGUUUUUGUAUGAAGCUUUGCUUUCCACAGAUACAUUUCUACAACAUUUUUUUUUACAAAUGUUAAUAGCAAUGAAAAGUCUGUUGUAUAUGUAAACAUGAACAGUUGUUAUUUUCUAUCAGAUUCAGAAUAAAAUGUUUCUUUUACUAUGUAAA